GAAAGGUUUCGUUUAUACUAACAAUAUCAUGAUGAAGGUUUGCAUUUUUGUUGCUUACAUUUUGGUACAAUUAUUAAUUGGUAACAGUAAUGCUGCUGAACCAAUGAUAAAGGCCUUAGAAGACGAUACUAUUACUGUCGAUAAUAAUACGAGAAAGUUUGAAAUUGGAUCAAAUAACAUGGAUACUGCUAUGAAAGAUGCAGUUAUGAAUACUAUAAACAACGCGUAUGACUCAACCAACGGGUCUAAGGGUCGUACCAACUAUAUACAAAAUAGAAUGGAUGAAAUCUAUUCCGAUUAUAAGUGGAUCAUUAUUGAAGACCCAGAAUCUCAAUCUUACGGUUCUAUUGUAAAAAGAUACUUGUGGAUCAAAAAACGUUACAAUUUGGUUUGGUCUACAUUCGUCCUUCUUGGUUGUCAAGUUUAAAACUUUUUUUUAAUAUGUAAAUAAUAAAUUCCGUUUUUAAAAACAAUUUGAAAUAAUUUUUAUUACAAUAAAAUGUUUAUAACAACAGA